AUGCUGCUGGAAGAAAAUACUAAGAACCCCAGUUCAGUGAGCCUGCACUUAGUAGGCUCUGAGUUUUUAAUGGGUAGUUGCCUAAUUAUCACUGUCAAAUUUUGGAUAAUAUUUUAUGAACUCAGUCUUCUUUUCUUCUGUAGCCAAAUCAAGAUGACGACAGCCGCACCACUGAUCAACAAUACUCAGUUCUCAGUAAACGUGACCACAAAGUCUCAAGAACAAAGUCUCUAUCAAAGUUCUGGAGCAAUAGUUGCUGCCAUCGUAGUAGGAGUGAUUAUUAUUUUUACAGUGGUUCUGCUCAUAUUGAAAACAUAUAACAGACACAUGAGAGUGAAGCGGGAGCUGGAACCCAAACCCAGCAAAACAGCAAUGCCACCUGCUUUAGGGCAGAACAGCAACAGCCUGUCUCAGCAUCCUACAGUGACUUUCAUACCGGUGGAUAUCCACAUGCAGAACAGGUAA